AUGAAGAUGUCUAACGCUGACAUCGUCUUAAACGCCACCGAUCGGAUGGUGAAAUCCGUCCCCUUCCCCUUGAGCCACCGCCUUACGAUGAAGGAAGUGUUUGACUCCGAAGGGAAACCUCGCGUGGAUCUCCUGAAGGCCCACCUCACCAAGGAGGGCCGAGUGGAGGAAGCCGUGGCGCUUCGAAUCGUCAACGAGGGGGCAGCUAUCCUGCGUCAGGAGAAAACUAUACUAGACAUCGAGGCGCCGGUCACAGUCUGCGGGGACAUCCACGGGCAGUUCUUUGAUCUUAUGAAGCUGUUUGAAGUGGGAGGAUCACCAGCCACGACGCGCUACCUGUUCCUCGGGGACUACGUUGACCGCGGCUACUUCAGUAUUGAGUGUGUUUUGUACCUUUGGUCGCUGAAAAUCCUCUAUCCAAAGACUCUAUUUUUACUUCGUGGAAAUCAUGAAUGUAGACAUUUGACAGAAUAUUUCACCUUCAAACAAGAAUGUAAAAUCAAGUACUCAGAGCAGGUGUAUGACUCAUGUAUGGAUGCAUUUGACUGCCUUCCUCUGGCUGCUCUCAUGAACCAACAGUUUCUGUGCGUCCACGGCGGACUCUCACCGGAAAUACACACCUUAGAUGACAUUAAAAAGUUGGAUCGGUUCAAGGAGCCGCCAGCGUUUGGGCCCAUGUGCGACCUGCUGUGGUCCGAUCCCCUGGAAGACUUUGGCAACGAGAAAACCCAGGAAUACUUCAGCCACAACACGGUGCGAGGCUGCUCCUACUUCUACAGUUAUCCAGCUGUAUGCGAGUUCCUACAGAGCAAUAACCUAUUAUCGAUUAUCCGGGCGCAUGAAGCACAAGAUGCCGGCUACCGGAUGUACCGCAAAAGUCAGACCACUGGAUUCCCAUCCCUCAUUACCAUCUUCUCUGCGCCAAACUACCUGGAUGUUUACAACAACAAAGCUGCUGUACUGAAAUAUGAAAAUAAUGUCAUGAACAUCCGACAGUUCAACUGCUCACCCCAUCCCUACUGGCUGCCCAACUUCAUGGAUGUCUUCACCUGGUCUCUGCCAUUUGUUGGAGAGAAAGUCACAGAAAUGCUGGUGAACGUGCUGAGCAUCUGCUCCGAUGAUGAGCUCAUGAAUGAUGAAGAUGAGAUCUUUGACGCCAAUGCAGCUGCAGCCCGCAAGGAGGUGAUCAAAAACAAGAUCCGUGCUAUUGGGAAAAUGGCCAAAAUGUUCUCAGUUCUCAGAGAGGAGAGUGAAAAUGUGUUGACGCUUAAGGGUCUGACGCCCACUGGCAUGCUGCCAAGCGGGGUUCUCUCUGGAGGCAGACAGACACUGCAGAGCGCCACCAUUGAAGCCAUUGAAGCCAUCGAGACGCAUGAUGAGGACAGAGAAGCCAUCCGCGGUUUCUCCCCCCAGCACAAGAUCACCAGCUUCGAGGAGGCUAAGGGCCUGGACCGCAUCAACGAGCGCAUGCCACCUCGCAAGGAUGGGGUGAACCACGUGGGUCACUCCAUGGGAAAGAUGAAUAUGUCGGAGGCAAACGGCACAGAAGACAACAGCAACGUCCAGUGA